UUGCUUGCAUGGAACCAGAGUAUCAAAAACGUUUUGAUGGUCUGGAUGCCUACAGCAUAAUCCAGCAACUGAAAACUUUGUUUCAGAAAAAUGCUAGAUUGGAGAGAUUUGAAGCAAACUGCAAACUUCUGGAUUCCAAGUUGGAAGAAGGGAAGCCCGUUGGUCCGCAUGUGUUCGAUUUGAUUGGACAUUUUCAGACCAUGGAGAAAUUGGGCUUCCCUUAUCCUAAGGACCUGGCAACUGACAUAGUCAUCAGAUCCUUGCCUGAAGAUUUUCAUAACUUUAAGUUGAACUUCUACAUGCAAGGAGGGGAGGCUACCCUGCAAGAGUUGCAUGGUUCACUAAUUCAGGCUGAGAGAAACUUACCAAGUAAACCUAAACAUAAGGAUGUUCUAAUGGUUAGUAAAGGUAAGCAGUUCAAGAAGAAAGGGGCUCCCAUGAAGAAGAAAAAGGGCAAGGUAGUUGCCAAUGAGAACUCUUCAACCAAGCCAAAGGCCACUCCAAAGGCUAAGGUAGCUGCUCAACAUGAGUGCUACCACUGCCACAAGAUUGGUCAUUGGAAGAGGAACUGCCCCAAGUAUCUGGAGGAAAAGAAGACUGGUGCUUCAAUUUCAGGGACUAAAAAGAAGUAGGAGCUUGAGCAAAGGCGAGGUGGAUCUCCGAGUAGGCAAUGGAGCAAGAGUUGCUGCUUUAGCUGUAGGAGAUUAUAGUUUACGCUUGCCUUCUGGUUUAAUAUUAGAACUUUAUAAUUGUUAUUACGUUCCAGUUAUUACCAAGAACAUAAUUUCUAUUCCGAUUUUGGAUUCGGAAGGUUUUUCAUUUCAAAUUAUGAAUAAUUGUUGUUCAGCAUAUUUGAAUGGUAUGUUCUAUGUCUCUGCUAAAUUAUCAAAUGGUUUGUAUGUACUAGACUUACAAAACCAUAUCUAUCACAUAGAAAACAAGAAACACAAACCAAAUGAUUUGAACCCUACUUACCUAUGGCAUUGUCGAUUAG